AUGUUGAAGUUUAAAUACGGCGGACAUGGUAGCGUUAAAGAUUUGGGCGCAGUGGAUCCAAUCACGAGCCGCUGCUCACGACUCAAUCAUCUGUUACAGGGGAGGAGCGGUGUGCACGGGCAGUUGGGAGCGGGGAGCGUGACACGGGAGUGCCUCCUCGAUGCUCUCCUCCUCCUCUAUCAGGAGUGCUCCUCGCCAGAGCUCAUGAAGAUCAAACAUGUCGCCAACUUCGUUAAUAAAUUCUCUGAUGUGGUGGCGGAGCUGCGUGAGCUGCAGCCGGGCCCGCAGGAUUUCGAGGUGAGAGGUGUGGUUGGUCGAGGACACUUUGCGGACGUGCGGGUGGUGAAAGAGAAAGCCACUGGAGACAUCUACGCCAUGAAAGUCAUGAACAAGAACUGCUUACGCUCUCAGGACAGGGUGGCGUUUUUUGAGGAGGAGAGGGCGAUCUUGGCGCUGAGUUCCAGCCCCUGGACUCCUCAGUUGCAGCAUGCCUUUCAGGACAGAGACAACGUCUACCUGGUGAUGGAAUACCUGCCAGGUGGAGACCUCAUGGCCCUGAUGAACAGGUAUGAGGAGCAGUUUGACGAGUCCAUGGCUCAGUUUUACCUGGCGGAGCUUUGCCAGGCCAUUCACGCUGUCCAUCAGAUGGGCUAUGUGCACAGAGAUGUCAAACCGGAGAACGUUCUCAUCGACCGAACAGGGCACAUAAAGCUGGCAGACUUUGGAUCCGCAGCCAAGCUCUCGGCCAAUAAAACGGUGGAGUCUGCUGGACUUCCUGUGGGCACGCAAGACUUUCUGGCCCCUGAGGUGCUGUCGGCCGUCAGCGGGGGGGCCAGGGCCAGUUACGGGCCAGAGUGUGACUGGUGGUCCCUGGGGGUCAUCGCUUACGAGAUGAUCUACAUGAAGUCUCCAUUCACCGACGGCACGUCCGCCAAAACCAUCAACAACAUCAUGAACUUUCAGCGUUACCUGAAGUUCCCAGAGGACUCCAGGGCUAGCCCUCAGUUUGUGGACCUGGUGCAGAGUUUGUUGUGUGGGGCGAAGGAACGACUCGAUUUUGAGGGUCUGCGUUCUCACCCCUUUUUCGCCAGCGUGGACUGGACGGGCCUCAGACAAGCUCUCCCUCCCUUUGUUCCUGCUCUCCGUGCCGAAGAUGACACCUCUAAUUUCGAGGAGCCGGAGAAGCCCCCCAGGCGAGCGGCAGCAUCAGCCCAGCCAAACCCCCAGCGAGCGGGCUUCCACGGACAGGACCUGCCCUUUCUAGGCUGGUUUUACAGCCGGCCGCUGACCACACUGGCCAAAUCUGAAUCAGUGACGGCAGGCCUCAACUCUCCUGCCAAGACCAACUCCAUGGAAAAAAAGCUGCACCUUAAAAGCAAAGAGCUACAGGACACCCAAGACAAAUGUCACAAGAUGGAGCAGGAGAUCUCGCGAUUUCAGCGUAAGAUGACUGACCUGGAGUCAGUCCUCCAGCAGAAGGAUGUAGAGCUCAAAGCCUCCGAGACUCAGAGGAGUAUCCUGGAGCAGGAUCUGGCCACCUACAUCACAGAGUGCAGCAGUCUGAAACGCAGCUUGGAACAGGCUCGUGUGGAGGUCUCUCAGGAGGACGACAAAGCCCUGCAGCUUCUCCAUGACAUCAGAGAGCAGAGCAACAAACUGCAGGAGAUCAAGGAGCAGGAGUACCACGCCCAGCUGGAGGAGAUGCAGGUGACCAUCAGGCAGCUGGAGGAGGACCUGUCAGCCGCCCGUCGCCGUAGCGACCUGUAUGAGGCUGAGCUCAGGGACUCUCGCCAGACCAGUGAGGAACUGAAGAGGAAGGCAGCAGACUACCAGCAGAGGAUUCAGAAGGCGAAAGAACAGGGCAAGGCUGAGGUGGAAGAAGUGCUGUCUAAACUGGAGAAGACCAACGCCGAGCAGCAGGCGAAGAUCCAGGAGUUACAGGAUAAACUUUCAAAGGCGGUGAAGGCCAGCACCGAGGCGACGGAGCUGCUGCAGAACAUCCGUCAGGCCAAAGAGCGUCUGGAGAGAGAGCUGGAGCGUCUGCGCAGUAAAUCUGACCCCAGCGACACGCUGCGCAGGCGGCUGCGAGAGACAGAGGAGGGAAGAAAGACCCUGGAGAAUCAGGUGAAAAGGUUGGAGAUGGUGGAGCGGAGGGAGAAUAAGCUGAAAGACGACAUUCAGACCAAAUCCCAGCAGAUUCAACAGAUGGCAGAUAAGAUCCUGGAGCUGGAGGAGAACUUGAGAGACACCCAGGCUACAGCCCAGAGGAUGGAGGCCCACCUCGUACAGAAGGAGAGACUUUAUGAGGACAAGAUAAAGGUUCUGGAGGCUCAGAUGAAGGCAGACUUGGCUGAGAAGGAGAGUCUGGAGGCCAGGCGAGUGCAGCAGGAGGAGGAGGCGCGGGAGAAGUGUAAACUCCUCAGUGAACAGAAAGCCACCAUCAAUGCCAUGGACAAUAAGAUGAAGAGUUUGGAGCAGCGUAUCGCUGAACUGUCUGAGGCCAACAAGCUGGCAGCCAACAGCAGCAUCUAUACCCAGAAAAACAUGAAAGCCCAGGAGGAGAUGAUCUCGGAGCUGCGUCAGCAGAAGUUCUACCUGGAGUCCCAGGCCGGCAAACUGGAGGCCCAGAACGCCAAACUGGAGGAGCAUCUGGAGAAGAUGAGUCAGCAGGAGCAGAGCAAGAAGAGCCGAAUCCUGGAGCUGGAGACCAGACUCCGCGAGAUCGGGCUGGAGCACGAGGAGCAGAAGUUGGAGAUCAAACGGCAGGUGACGGAGCUGACGCUGUCGCUGCAGGAGAGAGAGUCUCAGAUCAGUAGCCUGCAGGCCGCACGCCACGCGCUGGAGAGUCAGUUACAGCAGGCCAAGACCGAACUGGAGGAGACCACGGCCGAGGCCGAGGAGGAGAUCACUGCUCUCAGGGCUCACAGAGAUGAAAUCCAGAGGAAGUUUGACGCCCUGAGAGACAGCUGCUCGGUGAUAACGGACCUGGAGGAGCAGCUGACCCAGUUGAGCCAGGAGAACGCUGAGCUGAACCGACAGAAUUUCUACCUGUCCAAACAGCUGGAUGAGGUGACGGACGAGAGCGAAGACAGACUGCAGCUCAGCCAGGAGGUGGACCGCCUCCGCAGGGAGGUGGCAGACAGAGAGAUGCACCUCAACAACCAGAAACAGAACAUCGAGACCCUGAAGACAACGUGCAGUAUGCUGGAGGAACAGGUGGUGGAGCUAGAGAGCCUGAAUGACGAACUGCUGGAGAAAGAGAGACAGUGGGAGAACUGGAGAGCGGCACUGGAGGACGAGAAAAACCAGGCUGAGCGCCGGGCCAGAGACCUACAGCGACUACUGGACAAUGAGAAACAAAACCGGCUGAGAGCGGACCAGCGGAGCACAGAGUCACGUCAGGCGGUGGAGUUGGCUGUGAGGGAGCACAAGGCCGAGAUAGUGGCUCUGCAGCAGGCCCUGAAAGAACAGAGACUCAAAGCAGAAAGUCUGUCUGACACCCUGAAUGAUCUGGAGAAGAAACAUGCCAUGCUGGAGAUGAACGCCCGCAGUCUUCAGCAGAAACUGGAGACGGAGAGAGAACUCAAGCAGAGACUGAUGGAGGAGCAGGCAAAGCUGCAGCAGCAGAUGGACAUGCAGAAAACCCACAUCUUCAGACUGACGCAGGGUCUGCAGGAUGCACUUGACCAGACAGACCUCCUCAAGACAGAGAGAACCGACCUGGAGUACCAGCUAGAGAACAUCCAGGCGGUCUACUCUCAUGAAAAGGUGAAGAUGGAAGGAACCAUAUCUCAGCAGACUAAGCUUAUAGACUUCCUCCAGGCCAAGAUGGAUCAGCCCACCAAGAAGAAGAAGGGCAUUUUUGGGCGUCGGCGUGACGAGCCCGCCGUGCCCGUUCAGUACACCGACAUGAAACUGGCGCUGGAGAAAGAGCGCGCCCGCUGCUCCGAUUUGGAGGAGGCUCUGCAGAAGAUGAGAAUCGAGCUGCGCUCUCUCCGAGAGGAAGCUGUCCAUUUUAAGACCCAGGAGCAUGUGGCGCCGUCCACGCCGGCCUCCGCCCGCCAACAGAUCCUCAUGUCGGCCAUCGUCAAAUCGCCCGAGAGACAGCCCAAUCCCAGCAGCCUCCUGAACCCCGCCGGCUCCACCCGCCGCAAAGAGAGCUCCACCCCCGAGGAGUACGGGCGUCGUGUCAAAGAAAGAAUGCACCAUAACAUUCCCCAUCGUUUCACCGUGGGCCUGAACAUGAGGGCAGCCAAGUGUGCCGUGUGUCUGGACACUGUGCAUUUUGGCCGCCAAGCUGCUACCUGCCUAGAGUGCCAUACCCUGUGCCAUCCGAAGUGCUCGCCCUGUCUGCCCGCCACCUGUGGUCUGCCGGCCGAGUAUGCGGCACACUUCUCAGAGGCCCUGUGUCGGGACAAAGCCAACUCCCCCGCCCUGCAGGUCAAAGAGGCCAGUGGACACGUCCGCCUGGAGGGCUGGAUGAAACAACCCAGGAAUGGGAAGCGGGGCCAGCAGGGUUGGGAGAGGAAGUAUGUAGUGUUGGACGGGACUAAAGUCUCCAUCUAUGAAUCAGAACCCAGAGAAGACUCGGUGAAGCCUCUUGAGGAGUUUGAGUUGUGUUUGCCCGACGGCGAGGUCACUGUUCACGGAGCUGUAGGAGCAUCAGAGCUUAUCAACACUGCCAAAUCAGAUUACCCGUAUGUGCUGAAGUUGGAGUCCCACCCACACACCACAUGUUGGCCUGGUCAGUCUCUGUACUUCAUGGCUCCCAGUUUCCCUGAUAAACAGCGCUGGGUUGCAGUCCUGGAGUCAGUGGUGGCCAGCAGCCGUGGCUCCAGGGAGAAGUCAGAGGCAGAUGCGAAACUGUUGGGGAACUCACUGCUGAAGUUAGAGGGAGAUGAUCGUUUGGACAUUAACUGUACCUUACCCUUAACAGACCAGAUUGUGCUGGUGGGAUCAGAGGAAGGCCUGUACGCUCUGAAUGUGAUUAAAAACUCCCUCACUCACAUUCCUGGCCUCACCUCUGUCUUCCAAAUCCAGAUUCUCAAAGAACACGACAAACUUCUUAUGAUCACAGGUGAGGAGAGAGCAUUGUGUCAGGUGGAGAUAAAGAGAGUAAAACAGUCUCUCUCCCAGUCUGCACUGCCCACCCAGUCAGAGCUGAGUCCGUACAUAUUCGAGACAGUCAAAGGCUGUCAUCUCUUCGCCUCAGGCAAGAUUGAGAAUGGACUUUGUAUCUGUGCUGCUAUGCCCAAUAAGAUAACCAUCCUUCGAUACAAUGACAGCCUCAACAAAUUCUGCAUCAGAAAGGAGAUUGAGACGUCGGAACCCUGUAGCUGCAUUCACUUCACUGGCUACAGCAUCAUCAUCGGCACCAAUAAGUUCUACGAGAUAGAGAUGAAGCAGUAUGUCCUGGAAGAGUUCCUGGAUAAGAACGACGUGACGCUGGCCUCUGCCGUCUUCGCUGCCUCUUCCCACAGUUUUCCCAUUUCCAUUAUCCAGGUCACCAGUGCACCGCAGAAAGACGAAUAUCUGCUCUGCUUCCACGAGUUUGGCGUGUUUGUGGACGCGUACGGCCGCAGGAGUCGAACCGACGACAUCAAAUGGAGCAGACUGCCUCUGUCCUUUGCCUACAGAGAGCCAUACCUGUUUGUCACUUACUUUAACUCCCUGGACGUCAUUGAGAUUCAGAGCCACUCUGCACUGGGGCCACACUCGUACGCUCAUCUGGACAUUCCUAACCCGCGGUACCUGGGCCCAGCCAUCUCCUCUGGUGCCAUCUACCUGGCCUCCUCCUACCAGAACAAACUCCGUGUCAUCUGCUGUAAGGGCAACCUGACACAGGAGGGCACCGGGGAUCAGCAGAGAAACAGCUCCACCCGCAGGUCAUCCCCUAACAAACGCGGCCCCCCCUCCUACAACGAGCACAUCUCCAAGCGGCUGGCGGCCGGCCCCAUGGUGCAGGACGGCCUCCACCAGCCCGGCACGCCCCACCGCUACCGCGAGGCGCGCACCGAGUUCCGCCGCGACAAGUCGCCCGUACGACCCAUGGACCGCGAGAAGUCCCCGGGCCGCCUGCUACGCAGGGAGCGUUCGCCUGGCCGGGCUUUUGAGGAACCGCGACAGAGACUUCACACAGGCUCCGCCCGCACUCCUAUUGGUCCAAUCAAUAAGGUGUGGGAUCAGUCAUCGGUUUGA